AUGGUGUUGCUCGUUGACACGUUUAAGUCGGGCGAAUUUGCCCGACGAGCCCGGGCAGUUGUUGCCGGAUCUCGGCUUCUCAGUUUGCGGGACGAUGCAGCCCCCCAAACCGACCCCAAACUUGUGCUGGACUUCGCCUGGACUGCCGGCACUGAAAGGCGCUGCCGUCGCGAUCCGAAACCAAAACUCGGCCCGGAAACCCCCAUCCCCCCAAUUCCCCCACAUCGGCAGCCCUAUCGUCUGGGCAUGGCGUCAGUCGCAUAUGGCAGGCAGCCGAUCGGCAACACGGCAUGCUGUGAACAGCAAGAGGAACAGCGAGGCAGAGACGAAGAGUCUGGGCCCCAGCCACCGUUUCCCGUCAUGUUGUAUCACGUCGCGAAUAGCGGCAUCCGCGGGAGGAAAGAGCGAGAAGAGCGAGAAACGGCACAGCGGGCGAGGCGGCUAAGGCGGGCAAGGCGGGAGAGGGAGAACGGGCUGACGGAGGAGCCGAUGGCGAGGGACGCCGAGCACGGCCGAGCAAGUCCGGCCGCCUUCCAGACGAGCAACCGGCCGGCGCCAAGCGUGGGGAACAGGGAAGACAUGGCGUGCCGAGACUCGGCGCCAAGCGGGAUGACCUCGCUGCGCAUUCCUGCCCGGGGCUCUCACCCUAUCACAGCUCCCCCUGCCAUCGGCUUGACAAAGACCAAUACACCCCCAAGCCGCCCCCCGGAGUCAAAGAACGACGCCUUCGGAGCCCAUCGCCACCCGCUUGCAGCUUAUCAUUCCCAGACCGGAUCUAAGAGGCUCAACGCUCCCCCACAGUGGGGCAUCAGCGAUGCCCGCCGCGCAGAACUGCGACUCAACACCGGAUGUGAGCUGGGCACGCUGGGAUACACCUCUUGGUUUGGUCUUGGCCCAACAGGCCCAAACAUGGUUUCUGUGCGGUUUGCCGGGUUAUCGGUGAGGAAAAGAGCGUGA